AUGAUCCGACAAAUUCUGUUGAAAAACGACAUCCUCGUAAAGUUGGUGGCCGCCAGAAGGUACAGCCAGCCAGCUUCCUCAGGUGGAGCGAAAGGACCAUCGGCACCAGCGGCACCAGUGGCGGCAGAUGUUCCCGGGCUCAGUUCGCGGUGUGUGCUGAAAAAGGAUGGUCCGGUUGGACCGGGUGCUGAACGCAAUGGAACGUACAAGGUGCCGGAAUAUUUUAGCUACAACCAAACGAGCUACUUUGAGGCUGAGAUUGAAAUGUCCAAGUUCCGCAUCCCGCAACCAUCGGCGAAGAACUGA